GCCACGGAACUGGAAUAGGCGUGUCCUCCCCCCUGACCCUCUCCCGCCCCUUGUCCCUCCGCUCACCUCCUCGCUCCCUCCCUCCCUCCCUCCGGCGACAGCCGCCUUUAUAACUGCUCGGCGCCUCGAGGGCGGCAUCGCUUUCGCGGGCUCCCCAGCACCCAGGGGCUCCGAGCUGCCUCGAACGCGCGGGAAGCAGCGCCAGUUCCAGCGCCGAAGCCCCGGCACAGGGCUGAUGCUGUCCUCCGAGGGUCUGUAAAUGCCACACCUGUUGCAGCUGCAGCGGAAUCACCCACGGCUCCUUCCUGAGGGGGAACAUUUGAGCCACUUCAGAUACAAGAGGGGAUCAAAAUGACCACUGCUCCUAGUGGUUGCCGCAGUAACCUGGAUGCCAAGUACCACAGACUUUGUGAUAUGUCUGAAGCUUGGGGCAUCGUCCUGGAAACUGUGGCUGCCGUGGGGGCUGUGACCUCAGUGGCCUUCAUGCUCGCUCUCCUGGCCCUCAUCUGCAAGGUGCAGGACUCCAACAGGCGGAAGGUGCUCCCGGUCCAGUUCCUCUUCCUUGUGGGUGUGCUGGGGGUCUUCGGCCUGACCUUUGCCUUCAUCAUCAAACUGGACAACCUCACGGGGCCCACACGCUUCUUCCUCUUCGGCGUCCUCUUCUCCCUCUGCUUCUCCUGCCUCCUGGCUCAUGCUUUCAACUUGACGAAGCUGGUCCGCGGCUGGAAGCCCCUCUCCCUGCUGGUGAUGCUGGGCCUGGCUGUGGGCGUCAGCCUGGUGCAGGACAUCAUCGCUAUUGAGUAUAUUGUCCUCACCAUGAACAGGACCAAUACUGCCAUCUUCGCUGAGCUUCCUCCUUCUCGGCGCAAUGAAGACUUUGUCAUGCUGCUCAUCUUCGUCCUCUUCUUGAUGGCACUGACCUUCCUCACAUCCUGCUUCACCUUCUGUGGCCCCUUCACGGGCUGGAAGAGACACGGAGCCCACAUCUAUCUCACCACGCUCCUCUCCAUGGCCAUCUGGGUGGCAUGGAUCGCCUUGCUCUUGAUCACCCCUAUCCCUGCCACCGGGUGGGAUGAUACCAUCCUCAGCGCAGCCUUGGUGGCCAAUGGCUGGAUUUUCCUGUUGGCUUAUGUUGUACCUGAGUUUCAGCGGCUCACAAAGCAACAGAACCCCAUGGACUACCCUGUUGAGGAUGCUUUUUGUAAACCUCAAUUCAUGAAGCAGAGCUAUGGCGUGGAGAACAGAGCCUACACUCAAGAGGAAAUCACUCAAGGUCUUGAAGAGCUAGGUGAUACUACCUAUGCCCCUUAUACCACCCAUUUCCAGCUGCAGAAUCGGACCUCCCAAAAGGAUUUCUCCAUUCCACGGGCCCAGACUCGGGUUAGCCCUUACAAUGACUAUGAAGGAAGGAAAAACGGCAGUUAGCUGAAGAGCGGGAUGACCACGACAAGUCAGCAGAACUAAUGGGAUGUGGGUCAAAUCCCGAGUCUUCUAAGGAAACCAUACAUAACGUUAUGGGAAGACCCGGCCUCCCUGCCAACCUCAACAACUGUUCUGUUCUGGAGUUGCUGGGGGCUAGGACACUCCAGUUCUAAGCAGCACCGUAGUUUUUCCUUUGUUCCAUACUUAGGAUGCUUCUUAUAGGUGGGAGUCUCAGCAACUCAGGGUUUCUCUCUUACUGUUCUCUGUCACUGUACAUGUGACUCAAGCUCCAGCUCACUCAACUUCAGAAGCCAGCACUGAAUGCUGGUUUUGUAAGGAUUGCUCAGCCCAGAGCAGAACUGCAAAUCUGAGCAAUAAUAGCAAAGAGCUGUCUCCCAGCCCCUCCCUACCUAAAUCUACACUGGAAGCCAACUUGCUGGCACCCUCCCUUCUUGCCUGGGUAGGAGAGGCCAAAGGUCACCCUAAAUUUACUCAUCUCUAUGGUGCUAACACAGGGCCUCUGUAGGUCCCCAGCACCAAUUCACAGCCCCUCCCCCCCUUGGGUCACUCCCAAACUUGCUGUCAACCCCCCAACUAUCCUCCCCUCCAUGUUUUACCAGGAGUUUCCCUUUUGGAACUCACUAGUGUGGACAAGCCUGACCUCUCUUUGCCAGGAGCAUUUGUGCACUGUUCUUUCUGUAUAUUCCUGGCACUGAUCCGAAUCCCAGCCUCUGUAACUAGAUUUGCACUGUGUUCACCUCCUGCGUUCUGUAAGCAGGCAUUGUCUGUGGAGGGGAGUGUGCCUUGUAUUAUAAGUUAUUCACCGUUCUUUACCUGGAGAUGCAAUAAAGAUGUGGUGGCAGUUCUUCCCCUGUGGCCGCAGCAGUAGGAGUGGUGGACAUUAGUCAUGUUGCAGCUGAAGUUCAAGGUUCGGUUCCACUGGGUGUGGGCUUGACCCUUCUCCGUGUGUUUCUCCUUCUCUUCUCUGUAUGUGUCUAAGACAAGCGUGUUUUCCCCAACUUUUGAGGUGAGUGGCGAGGGUGAGGGGGGAAGCCAAGAGGGAUCACGGACCCUGAGGUGUUGCUCCAGGAAGGCAGAGGAGUGGCGACUGUGGAAUGGGGCUUGGCAGCCCAGGUAAGGCAGGAAGGAGACCUGAAAGCCAGUUUGACGAUUCACCUGGGUUUAAUUGUAGGAGGAAAUAAAUCCAUAUCCCUUAUUUGACAGAAUUGGUUCAUAAUCUCUCUCAGAAAAGUCAUGGUACCUAACAAUUAUUAUUUACUUAAUCCCCGAAAUAGCUCUGUGGGGCAGGGCAAUAGGAAAUUGCUCUUUGGUGAAGGAGAAAAUAAGAUCCCAUACACAGAAACAGCAUGGCAUUUAAACACGUGCAGCUGAGUUAAGGAGUUACCUCCCGAGAGCCCGAUGCUCUGCUUUUCAUCAAAAAGAAAGCCUAGCGUGGAAAGGGGUGAGGUGAGGCUGGUGAAUGGACGACACGCUGAAUUAGAGCUAUUUACAUUCCACAGAGACUUGGUUAAUGGUUUCUCAAUGGCUUUGCACCAACAUUAGCCAAGUUUUGUAUUGAAAAGGGGAGUUACAAAUAAUGAUUUAUAUCCUUCUUGUUCUAGUCUUUCCCAAGAGGGCAUAAUCCAGUGAGGGAAAAGCAAUAUAGUUUCACAUUUAUCGUUGUGCCACAGUGUAGGUACCCAGGAAACACCCAUUUCCUUCCCUCUUGUCUUCCCUUCGGUCUCUGGCCUAUCAGCCAAGCGCAGGGGGCUGAGUAAAAGGUAGAGCCACAGAACACCUGGAUCUGCUUUCGUGUUAGAAAAGAGUCUCCAGGCCUUUGUAUCCACAGGACUCAAGUCAACCUCUUCCAAAACAGAAAAGGACAUGAGGACAUGGAGGGGGACUCAUUGCUGGAAAAUUUUUUUUUUUAUACCCCUAUCGAGGGAUAUGUUGUUAUUGAUUUGAGAGAGAGAGAGAGAGAGAGAGAGAGAAGAGAGAAGAGAGAAGAAACAUUGAUUGGUUGCCUCCCAUAUGUGUCCCGAUCGGAUGGAACCUGCAACCUAGGCAUGUGCCCUGACUGGGAAUCAAACCUGCAACCUUUUGGUGUACUGGAUGAUGCUCCAACCAACCAAGCCACCCAGCCAGGGCAGAUAUUGGUUUCUUUUCUAAGAAAUAAAGUGGUCUCCGGCGUUUGGA